AUGAAUAAUAGAUUGUCGAACGUUGUUAAAGAAAAUAAAGUAGAAAAUGCAGUAAAUUCUGAAAAUACUGUUGUGCGUUUACCUAAGAUUUCGUUACCGACAUUUUCAGGAGAAAUGCAUUCUUGGCUUUCCUUUAAGGACAUUUUUAAAGCGAGUAUUGAUCAAAACCCAAAUUUAUCAGAUGCUGUAAAAUUGCAAUAUUUGAAAUCAGCACUGAAAGGAGAUGCUUUUAGAAUUAUCCAAACGAUAGCUAUAACGGAUAAUAAUUAUAAGUUAGCGUGGUCUCUUCUUGAAGAAAGAUACUCGAAUCCUAGAGAACAAGUGUAUGCUCAUCUUAAAAGAUUUAUGAGUAUUCCCGUUAUUCAAAACGAGUCAGCUUCUGCGAUUCUAAAUUUAAUUGAUGUUACAAGUGAAGUUGUAAGAUCGUUAGAAUGUUUAGAACAAAAGUUAGAUGGGGUUUCAUCCGCUAUAUUUGCCUUUAUUCUUAGCCAGAAACUUGAUCAGAAUACUAAGUUAUGGUGGGAAAGGAAUUUAAAGAAAGAAAAAAUACCGAACAUUACAGAGUUAUUAGAAUUUCUAAAGGAUCACGCGAGGACAUUAAACGCUUCUAGAAUUCCAGUAAUGUCUAAAUCAAAAGCUUCAGUAAGUCAAUCAAAGGUUUCUUCAAUGGUUUCAUGUGUGACUGAGAAACAUGCUUUAAUUUGUAAACUGUGUAAUGUGGAACAUAAAUUAUUUAAAUGCCCUAAAUUUCAAAAAUUCAGCUUAAAGGAUAGAGUCGAGUAUGUUAAAAAGCACAACUUAUGUUUCUGCUGUUUGGAAAUCAUGGAGUGA